AAUAUCAACACGGUUUGGUGCUUUCCAAUUUUGCCACUCUUUAUCUCCCUCUGUCUCGCCUUCUCCGUCUUCUCUUCUUCCAGAAUCAAGCUUAGCAAACUGCAGUUAAAGUAACUCGCGCAGGUUGCAGCCACGACAAGCCGGUGAGCCAUUUACCGCCCUCCAUGUAGGCGGCCGCCCAUGGGUUGCCCUAUCAGCAAGCGGAGCGCCGCCGCCGCCUCGGCUCCUUCCGAGAAAUUGCACCAUCAGCCGCCCUCCGAACGCACCCGCAUCCCUCCCGCGCUCUCCCCUUCCGACGCCUCCACCUGGCCGACCUGGCUCCUCUCUGUCGCCGGAGAUUCCCUCCUCGGAUGGAAUCCUCGCCAAGCGGACUCGUUCCGUAAGGUUGCCAAGAUCGGGUCGGGGACGUAUAGCAACGUGUACAAGGCGUGGGACGUGGAGGCGGGGCGGAUGGUGGCGAUGAAGAAGGUGCGCUUCGACGUGGUGGAGCCGGAGAGCGUGCGGUUCAUGGCGAGGGAGAUCACGGUGCUCCGAAGACUCGACCACCCCAACGUCGUCCGGCUCGAGGGGAUUGCCAUCUCCCGCGUCUCCUCCGCUCUCUACCUCGUCUUCGAGUACAUGGAGCACGACCUUACUGGCCUCGCCGCGGCUCCCGGCGUGCGCUUCACGGAGCCCCAGGUCAAAUGCUACAUGAAACAAUUACUAUCUGGUCUCGAGCAUUGUCACAGUCGUGGAGUCCUUCACCGCGAUAUUAAGUGUUCGAAUUUGCUUCUGGACAAUGAAGGGAUACUCAAGAUAGCUGAUUUUGGACUUGCUUCUACCUUUGAUCCUGACCAUAAGGCAAGAAUGACCAGUCAUGUGGUCACAUUGUGGUAUCGUGCCCCAGAACUCCUCCUCGGUGCGACAAAUUAUGGUGUCGGUAUUGACCUUUGGAGUGUUGGCUGCAUUUUAGCAGAGUUGUUAAUGGGGAAACCAGUUUUCCCUGGAAGGACUGAGGUGGAGCAGCUGCACAUGAUCUUUAAGUUUUGUGGAUCACCUUCAGAAAAGUACUGGAAGAACUCAAAAUUGAGGCAUGCUACUAUCAUAAGGCCGAAACAAAACUACACGCGCUGUGUACGAGAAACUUUUAAGGAACUUUCACAUUCUUCUCUGUCGCUAAUCGACUCACUCCUUGCACUUGAUCCAGCUGAUAGAGGCACAGCUACUACUGCUUUGAACCACCAAUUCUUCACAACAGAGCCUUAUGCCUGUGAUCCAUCAAGCUUGCCUCAGUAUCCACCGAGCAAGGAAAUGGAUGCAAAAUUGAGAGAAGAGGCCAGAAGACAGAUCAGUGUUUCUAGGAAAGGCAAUUCGGAAGCAUCAAGAAGGUCUAGCGUCCGCAAAUGCAAUAGCAGAGCAGUCCCAGCUCCAGAAGCCAAUGCAGAGCUGCAAGUAAACUUGGAGAGAAUGCGGUUGAUGAUGACUCACAUAAACAUGACCAGCAAAAGCGAGAAGUUCCCACCACCUCAUCAAGAUGGAGCUGUUGGAGUCCCAUCGAAUGGGCUGAUGUCUUUUGCAGGAUCUGAUACAUCUUUUGCCUCGUAUUCUGGUAGAGGAUUGAUUGCAAGUAAAGAGGAACCAAGAACGGAAGAGCAUGGUUUGAGGAGAUUGUUGGAGAUCAAAAGAAAUCGAAGAGUACAUGGAACCAAAAGAAAAGAAUUGGUAGCUCUUGGAUCAGUCAAACACAAUAGUUAGCCUUUUGUAUAAGAAAGUGAAGUUGUAAUAUGUACAGAGAAGAAAGACUUCAGUUCAGAGUUUUAACAGUAGGAGUUAAGAAUCAAUUGUAUGGUAGACAUAUUGACUUCAUUGGACAGCGAUGGCACAAUUUGCGUUGGAUGAAAUUAAUAACAGAAGGCUCGCAAGUCAGUUGGUGACCCAAGAAAUGGUUUGUUUGAUAGUG